GGCGCGCGAUGCUGCGUCGGGGCGCGGCGCCGCGCGCGGACCCCCGUCUCUUGGAAAGGCUGACCGCGGCCCCGGCUGCUGGGCCCAAGCCAGGUCAGCGGCGCCGCGCUGGCUGCUUGCGCGUUCGACGCUCGUCAGUGCCCCGGGUGUGACCGGCGGCGACGGAGCGCUAGGCCUAGGCUCUACGCACGAUCGCGAGGCUUAAGCCCGCGUGUGCCCUUGGGCCCUCCUCGCGGCGCUGGUUUCGGAUCGCCCGUUAUGGGCCGCGCCGCGCGCCGCCGUGAAAGCUGAGCACGCGGCGCGCGCGCGGCGAUGUGCGCGGUGGCAGCAGCUAGGAAGGGGGGGUCGGUCCCGUGUCCGAGCGGUGUCGCGUUUCUCGAAAGGGGGGGUUUGCCCCGCGACCGCAGCGACGUCGGCGGCACGGCAGCUUCCGCGCGGCGUCUGCUUGUCCCCGCGGAUUGUGCGUGUGUGUGUGCGGCAGUUAUGUCAGCCGAGCCUUGAACGGGGCCGACCUUGCACGCCUUGGCGGCUCGGAAGCGCCAAGGCGACUCGCCUCGUCAUGGGCGACCAUGUCCCGAGGGCGCGCUCCCAAAAGGGAACGGGCUCGAUCAAGGCCGGCCAGUUUGCCGCACUGUCCUUGUGUAAUGUGGUAUCCUUGGAGGCGCAGUUUCGCGGAGGCCCUCGCGCGCUGCUGCCGCCGCUUCCGCCGCGGAGCUCCCAUGCGGACCGCCUCGGGGACUCCAAGCCAUGAGGCGUCGCAGCGGAGCCGCUGCCUCGUCGUGGUACUGCCUGCCCAGCGGCCUGCAGCCGAUGGUGGCGUGCGGCAUACCGGCCAGCUGUAGCCUUCCCCAGCUCUCACGGGACUGCAUGCCUCUGGAUGAAUUCCAUCCAUUCAUUGAGGCCCUCCUGCCUCAUGUGAAGGCCUUCUCGUACACCUGGUUCAACCUCCAGGCGGCCAAGCGCAAGUACUUCAAGAAGCACGAGAAGCGCAUGAGCUUGGACGAGGAGCGCCGCUGCAAGGAAGAGCUUCAGGGUGAGCGUCCAGAGGUCAAACAGAAGUGGGCCUCACGACUGUUGGGGAAGCUGCGCAAGGACAUCACACAGGAAUGUCGCGAGGACUUUGUGCUGGGCAUCACGGGCAAGCGGCGGGCCGCCUGCGUGCUUAGCAACCCCGACCAGAAGGGCAAGAUGCGACGCAUCGACUGCCUACGACAGGCUGACAAGGUAUGGCGCCUGGACCUAGUGAUGGUGAUACUGUUCAAGGCAGUGCCCCUGGAGAGCACCGAUGGUGAGCGGCUGGAAAAGGCCCCCGACUGCCACCACCCCGCCCUCUGCGUCAACCCUUUCCACAUCAAUGUCUCCGUCCGAGAGCUCGACCUCUACCUCGCAAACUUCAUCCUCAGCCACGAGGCUCUCAGUGGCUUACGGGAUGCCGUCUGUGAUGGGGAUAAAGAGGAUGAUCCAGGUGAUGCAAGCAGCAUUCUGGCUACCGGCGUGUUCACAUCGGCUGAGCUCUACCGGCUCUCCAAAGCGCGGUGUCUCUCUGAAAUGAAGGAAGAUUUCCUGGAGCGACAAACAAUGGCCUUUGUCUUUGACAGCUCCAGGAGCAGUGGGUCCGUGCUUCAGGCGUCGAACGGGGGCCAGCCAGUCAAACUGGAGCCACCGUACUAUGGCUACGCAUCGCCUCAGGAUCCGUCUCCAGUUUUGCAGCCGACUUCUGUGGGGGCGGGGCUCUUGCGCGCAGCCAGCCCGAGCGAAGGGGCUCCGCCGCGGUGCAAGCGGCUGCGAAGGCUGCCCUCCGCCGAGGAGGACGCGGCUGCUGCUGGCGGAGGAGGCGGACACUUCUACGCCAGCCCCUGGCCAGACGUUGACCAUGGACACCUGAGCUCCUCGCAUGCCAAAAUAAAGAUGGAAGCCUUUGCCCUGGCCCGAGCCGAACCCAAGCCAACACACCCGCGGGUAGCAGGGGGUGCGAGCAGCCCGUUAGGAGGGCCUCCCCUGAGUGGGCCAUCGUACUACCUGCACCCGGCGGGCAAGUACCAGGAGAAUGGCGACACCUUCUCCGACUUUGUCAACCUUGUCUGCCAGGAGGCCCACAACUCUGGAACACAGGCCAGCCCCGAUGCGGGAGUGCGAGGCAGCCCCUCCAAGCUCCCGCAGUUCUACUCGAGCUCCAUGCUGCCCCCGCCUCCACCAGCCCCCAUGGCACGACCCGUCGCCAUCAUUCGGUCCGCAGGCCCGAGUAAUCAGCCGCAGCCGCAGAGCAGCCCGCCCAACGUGGAAGGGGCUCGGCCCGAAGACAGUGGCCCCAAGGAGGACUCGGCCAGUCCCGGGGGUGCCUGCAGUGUUGGGAGUGACUCAGUCGUGACGGCCACAGUCCGGACUUCGUCCAGCCCCUUCCUGGCUCGGUCAACAUCUGAGCACACCUUUGGCCACAUCCACUCGCAGGGACAGCUGUUCACGUACCCGGGCACGACGGGGGGUGGUGCCACGCUCUCGUCAACGGUGCUGAGCUCGCCAGGCGCGGGAGGUCUGCUUGCAUCCCCGAGAUCGGCACGAACAACCACGACGCCCACACCUCUGCCACCACGCUGGAACCCACCAUUCAUCGCGCUCGACGAAAACAUGGACUACCAGAUGAUGGCGGGCCUGCUUCCCCCUGCCGGGUCCCAGCCCCCACCUGACAACUCACUCAUGGGCCCGCCCCACGAUGAUGAACGGUUCUUCUCAGUGGCCAGUGGAGAAGCCGAGGAGGCGUCCAAGCCGUCCUGAGCCAUUUGCUCAAGGUGUUUUCCCUUCUUCCCUCGACCUGGGUGCCAAGGCCAGAAAGACAAGACAAGACACGUGGUUUCUCUUGUGAUAGGCAGAGACUCGAUUGUUGUACCAUAGCCCUUUUUAGACAUACUGCUCUGUAGCUCAUUUUUUCAAAAAAGAGUGACACGAGUAAGGGCCUUUUUUACAAGCUCCACGCUAGAGACAGUUAUAUAUAUAUAUAUAUACAACGUUAUAGCAUAUUAUACACACAUAUAUACACAUAUUAUAUAUAUACUACGUAUACACACGCCCGUUCACGCGAACACACACAAGAUAGGCAAUGGUUCGUCGCAGGGCAGCGUGUGUAGAAACAGUGUGCGAGCCUUCUGUUCUUUUCUUGGGUUAUUUUUUGGUCAUAGGCAGUUUUAGAGGUUGGCACAAGUCUUCAGAGUCACAACAACUAUGCCUAUGAAACUUUGCUACAAAUCUAUGCAAACCGGGGCCCCGGCCCUUAGGGUAAGGGCGCACCCCGCUCACGUGAGGCAAUAAUUUAGCUCGGCGACACAUUGUCACUUGUACAUAGAGCCAGCGGUGCCAAGAAAAAGCCCGGUGCGCAUCAUCGUGUUUCUUGUCGCAUCUCGUCUCUUUGCAGCGGGGCGUGGCCAUUUUCUUUUCGUUUCGUUUUACUCUCAGCUGCACACACACAGAAACACACACACACAUUUGCGCACUUGCGUCUGUAUAUACGGCCAUGUGUACAGCCAGAGCGACAUAAUAUAUAAGUGACAUGCUGGGGGCAGCGGGCGGGGCAGGCGACGCCUCCCAGGCCCCACGGUCCCACGCCGCUUUGUUCAUUUGAUUCGCCGCCGCGCUCUGGCGUCAGGUUAGUUUUGUCAGUGCCUUUUUGCGAAGGGCGGCCUCGUCCUCCGCGGCCGCGCAGUGCCAUUGUUUCGCUUGUUGCUCCUCCCAUUUUUGCCUGCAGAGGGCGCGCUAGUACAAAAUAUCCAGAGGGCGCCCCCUGCUUACCCCCCACCCCCCCUACCCCUCUAAGUUGAGUGUGUGUGCCAAUUUUGUUUCUCGCCGUAGCCUUACGCGAGGGGCGCUUCUCGUGCUCUUCUGCUGUUGAUAUAUGCUAGAUUAGACGUGCCUUUGAAGACGACGCGAGUUCAAUGCUGCAUGCAAGCGUCAGCACUUGACGGGGCUUUCUGUUUGUGUCUCGACGCGCUCGUACGCUCACACUUAUGUCGGUGCGCUCGUUUAAAGAAACAAAGCCCAAAGCCGUUCUGUAGCCUGCUGUUCAACUACAGGAAUCUCUGUAGGGUCUGCCGUUGCUGCCGCUGCUGCUUUUUGCAGUCUUUCUUCUUUUUUUCUGUUUUGUCUGGGCUUGGUUUUCACUCCCGAUGUAUUUGGCCUCGCCUGUGUGUGUGGGUGCAGAGGGAUAUAUACGAGGCUGCACCGUGCUGGAAGGCCUUUUGUGUGGAUAUACGGGGUGCUGUACGUCAAAAGGAGAAGGGCUUGCAUCAGAGCCGUAGUGAAAGAGGGGAAGCCAUCAUUGUUUUUUAUACCGAUGCAUCGCACAUUGGCUUACUGACAACACCUUAUUUCUGUCGGACAAAAGUGGUGCUAUGAUUGUAUGCUUUAUAACUUUAUGUUUGCGGCUUUUCAAGCUCUCUUGGUGAACAAAAUGACGCAGCAAUGAUACCUGGCUGCCCUCAGAUAGAACUGCUGUAUUUUUUAGGGUGCCCUGUAUUUUUACGAUUGAAGUAGACUGCACUAGCAUAGCUAAGACGGCUUGUUUAUAGCUGGUCUUUAUUUUUUUUGUCAGCCCAUAGCAUUAAAAGUACGAGUGAGUAUUUUUUUUUUUUUCUCAUCACAACUCGCAGUGCCACAUCAUUCAUUUCGUGGACAAAAUGUAUUGCAGAACGUUGUACAGGCUUAGUGAUCUCUCAUUUCAUUGUUUUUCUGUAAAAAAUCUAUUCGCUCGUCUUGUAGCGGCACUGCUACUUAUGCAUCUGUCAUGGUCACUUUAUGAUUGAGAAUGAAUUACUUUUUUUUACUUCAAUGAAUUUUAACAAAGCACUGACGAUCAUAAUGGGUUGCGGAAGGCUUAAUAUUCUCAACAGCUUUUUGCUCACAUACUUAAUAUUCAUAAAUUGCUGAACAAGGGAAAUAGUAGGCUGCAGAGAACUCGCUUGCACAUGUGCGCCAUCUCAGUAAACAUCAUAAGCUCUUCGGUAAUUGAAUAAUGAAGGUUGCAGGUAUAUCUGGCCCAACCCUUUCUGGCCACAAGAAUGUCAUGCUUCUGUGUACAGGUACUGGUCCAGGUAUGAAGUACAGGUACUUCGGUACCUGUACGGUACCUAUAGUAUUUGUAUGCAGGUGCCACAGCUGCUGGUACCAAGUUGGUACCCUGGUACCUGUAUGCAGGUGCCAUAGCUGGUACUUUGGUGCCAAGCUGUUACCCUGGACCCUAUGAUGCCUGUAUGCAGGUGCCAUUGCUGGUGCCUUUCUGGUUCCUUGGCACCAAGCUGGUACCUAUGUUACCUCUAUGCAGGAGCUUUGAUAGACAAGUGGUAUUGGUUUUUGCAUGGUUUACAGUCUUGGGAGCAUCAGUCACUGUAGACGCUACGCUCCUUCUAAGUUGAACUGACUUCAUUUGGAUACACCAAAAUCUGGAAGCACUACUGGAAGUCUUUUCAUGUUGAAUUGACAUUUUUCAGAAGCAUUAAGAUCUAUAGUUAUUACUGGAAGCUCCUCUGAAUAGUACAGACUUUGCUCAAUUACAUUAAGGAAUUCUGUUUGUCUGUUGAAGCAAACUCUUACCUUCGAAUAUGCAUUCAAGUGGAGCAGGGUCUCCAAACAAUCAAUGUGCAAGCUUUUUCUCGAGCACAAAUUCCAGCCAACAGCUCUCAUCCAUGGAGAAACAUGCUCAGAUACCGUGGCCAAUCGCUUGCCAACCGAAGUGUUCAUAACGAGUGUUCGUUGCCAAAGCUGUCCAAGCCAAAACUGUGCAUCAGACAGGAAGCGCACAAUUAGCAUCGUGCUGCCAGGCAUGUCUUUGUGUAGACUGCCACGCAAACAUGGAAAGACUUUUCCUCUACCUGCGGCUCUGGUGCAGGACUGCGUCGAGUUGAAUGUACAGUACGGUUCACUGUUAAAGGAAUCACCUAAUUAGUAGCCAGCUACUUAUUAGUACAGCUAAAUUAUGGCAUGAAGGCUAGCAAACUACUUUCUUAAAUAUGCAUACAUCGCCUUAUGUGUCCUAUCGGCCUCUUUCUUUCUCUCGAUAAAGUAAUAAUUUUGUAUGAGGUACAUGGCAUUAUUACCAGCCAAGUGUUAGCUUUAAAGGUGACCCUCUGUGUUGGCUUGGUGGCUGUUGCAUUGGUGUUGCUGAACACGAGGUCAUAGGUUUCGUUCCCGCCCACACUUCAAUGAGGGCGAAAUGCAAAAACGCUCAUGUGCUUAUUUAAGUGCAUGUCAAAGAACUCCGCAAGUCAAAAUUAAUCCAGAAUCCUCAACUAUGGCACAUCUCAAAGCCCUUGUGUUGCUUUCGGACAUUAAACCCCUUGAAUGAAUUAAUGAAUCCUCUAAGAGUGGACCGUACUGUACUUGUUGGAGAAGCUAGUGUCUGUCUCUAGACGUCACUGCCGGGGACAUUUUGCUUAGGAUUCUGCCAGCCUGGUUAUCCCUGAGCAUUGUAAGUUUGUUGGUGUGAUGUGGCUCAAAUGAACUGUGCUUUGCUCGUGCGAGUCAAUGCUUCCAUGCAGUUGGUCCGUGCAUGGGGAGACCCUGAAACUCCUCACGAGAAAACUUUGUUGCACCGGAGCUACACCUGAGCUGACCUUGUGACUUGAAAGAUGCCUUCUCUCCCAAAAUUUUUCGAUCUGCAUUUAAGCCAUUCUAAAUAUCAUUUGGAUCAUUCGUACAAAAAAAAUGCCGGUGAUUCCUUGUAAAUUCUCUAAAUAUUUUGCAUGAAUUGCGACAUUAAGCAUAUGCAUUUAUCAGACCCCAAACAGUUCCGUUUCAAUAGUUGCUGCAGACCUUUAGCACGUAGCUGCAUCUGGCAUGCUGGCCGUGUAAAUUGUAGUAGAGUUUGACACCUUGCUUCAGAGUUGAGAGGACACAAAUAAACAUAAGUGGAAGGGUAUCAUGCUUCCAGGUUUUGUUCUUACAAGAGUGCAGCUCAGCACCGCUUGAGCAAUAUCUGGUAGCGAGGCAGUGCGGGUGUGGUUCUGUGGUCACACUGUAUUAUGACAUUGACAUUGUAGCCCUCUUAGAGCGACUGCUACUUGCAUGUUUUCCUUCCACAACUUUUCUUUACUGUGCCUCUUAACACCACAAGUGUAUCCCAGUGCAAAUGGGGUGUAACAUUAUGGUUUGACUUGAGUGGCUUCAGGGUGUCCCUGUGAGUAGUGGCAGCUGCUGUGUUUCUUGACUGUGUUGAAAAAUAUGUCCAUAAUUGGAUGAGUGCUGCAGGUGGUAUUAACAGAAGUGAAGGGCUGCACGGCGCCCAUCUUGGCCUGUCGAUACAGGGGCGGUAUGACUACAUACUACAAGCGCACAGUGUAAUGUCCACAUUGGAAACAGCGGCUAGCUGCGUAGACUUACUUGGCAUUACACAAGUGCUUUAGAUUAGUGCCACCAUGCACAGCAAACAAGAACGCAUUCGUAUAAACCUCUUGACAGUUUUCAGGAUAGGCGUGUGCCCAUUCACUGCUGGGGCUCAAAUGGUCUGGUCACAAUGCCAGUCAAGCAUGCCGAGAGUGCAUCUAACCUGAAGUGGUUGUCUUCUGUCACACUGUCCAAAACAUUUGUGACGGUUUCCCAGUUCGAGUUUUGGCACUCUGUCCCCCUUUUGCUCUAGUUGCUCUGAACUCUAUGCACAUUAGUGCUUGUAGCACUUAUGCUCAAUGACAGUAUGUGUUCAAAGACUGCUUCUUGAAUUAUAAGGCUUCAUGAACUUGUCUUACAUCGAACCCAAGUGAAGUUGGAAGUGUCUGUCAUUCACAGGGGAAGACGGCGCUGUUUUCUCUUUAGAUGGCUGCACAUUGGUCUCUGACAGAACUGUUAUGAAGGCAGUUUUUAAAAAGAAUGCAUUAGUGUCUUGCAGCAGGCAAAUACAGUCGAACCUCGAUAUAUCGAUCACGGAUAUAAUGAAAUAUUGCAUAUAAAGAAUUAUCAAAUGUAACUAAGUUAAUGUAAAAUUUUUCUCGCCAAUUUCAGCGAGUAAUGAACAUAUGCUUAUAACGAAUGUCAGAUAUAACGAAGGUAAUUUCGUACCGAAUGCGACUUCACUCUAAAGAGUUUUGACUGUAUAACAAACACUGUACUUAUGCAGUGCUUGUUGCAUGUGCUCUCAGCAAGCUCGGCGAGUUGUUUCUGCAUCUGGCGUCGUGGAAGGUAGAUUUUCAUUGCAGAAAUAAUUAAGACCUGUGACGAGCAUUGAGAAAACAGCAUGGCUGCUAUGUUAGAUUCUGUAAUGCCCUUGAAGAAAGCUGGCGACGUGGAAGGUAGAUCUUCAUUGCAGAAAUAAUUAAGACCUGUGACGAGCAUUGAGAAAACAGCAUGGCUGCUAUGUGAGAUUCUGUAAUGCCCUUGAAGAACACGGUGACCUACUUUAAUGUAUGCUACAGAGAACAAGCAAAGUCCCAGGAUAGUAUUUUGAGGGGCAGUCAUGCUUGCAAGCUGUUGCGAGUGUACGCAGUGUAAUGAUGACCAGGCACCCAAGUGCAGUUUUCAAAGUCAGUCCUCAUUGUGACAGUCUGGCUUGCCCUAGUGUGGUCUUGCAGCCCAUUCAAGGACGCUAAAGAGAAACCCAUAGAUGGCAGUCAAACCAUUUUAUUUAAAAGACUGACAUCAAUUCCUUUGCACUGUCAAGUCGCUGCUCUCAUUUCAUUGUGCCUAAAAAAUAGCCAUAUUGAAAGUGUCUAUCCUUUAUCUCCUUGCUUUGUUUUUUUUAGGUUAGGUUAGAAUGUGAUUCAUCUCAAGAUUAGUAUGGUGUCCAUUUACAUUCAGUUAAAGGGUGUGGAUGCCAGAAAGCUGCAUGUUUCGCCACAUCAUUUUUUUUUUCUGUUCUUUCAUUAUCUUCUCUGUAGGUCAGCUUCAGAAAAUGGCCAACGUGAUUUGUCAAAGCUGUUGCCAUCAGUUUUUAAUUGGAUAGAAAAGUAUUCUCAGUUAAAGAGAUAAAACUACAGUCAAAUAUACUUCAAUUUCCGAUAUACUAGUAUAUAAUGCAGCUUUGACACAAGUCUUUGAUUUAGGUGACUGCGACAUGAUGCUGUGAAGAAGGCUGAUUUCAGAGAUAAGAGUGUGUAUUAUUAAAUUGCAUUAAGACAGCUAAACAAAUGCUGUGAUGCUCAGGUGUACCUGCUGUUCUCAAACUUAAUGGAAAACAUGCAUGCAUAAUACUUAAUGCCCAUUAGCUCACCAUGUGCACCUCGCUGCAUGCUUUAAAAAUCAUUGUCUUAUUGUUCUUGGUACACAUAAUUGUGCAAGUUGGAUGCUCUUGCACUAAUCACACAAGAGCGUUUACCCUAAAUUGUGCUAUGCUCCUGUACAAUUUGUGCAAGAACAUGACACUUGCACAAUCUCCAAUUGCACCGAGAGACAAUGGCAAUGUUUGUGUGCAACAUGUGCCUAUGCAUGUUGCAUAGCAUUUGGUAGAUUUGCGGUAUGCACUUGUUUAACUCUUGCUUUAUGUCCUGAUCGUGGUCAGUGAUAGCUCUGAGUUUGGCAGUAGUCGGAAAGUGUUCGAUAACCAUUAUCCUUAUGCACCUCUGUCAAACAUGGGUGUCCUGGUCUCUGUAGGCUGCGUAGACUCUCUAGAAAGAUGGACAAAAACAUCUUCAAGGGCAAGUUAGGUUAUGCAAUAAAAAUGUUGGUUAUGCAGUCAGAUGUUUUUGUUGACAGAUGAGGUUUUAUUUGUUUGUUAGUUUAUUAAGAAAGUUGGGCAGAAUCUUGAAGGUCUCUCGCUGUUAAGAUGAUCUUGUUUUUUCUGCAAGCUGGCCACGGGCACGGUUGCAGCUGGAAGCAAUCAAAACGUGAGCGCACACAGUGUCGCAGCCGCCAGUGUUUCUGCUCUGCGAGCGGCUGCUCGACGGCCCCGGACGUCCGGUGGUGGAGUUUUUGUUGAGGGUUCUAGUCAAGCAUCCUUGGAAAGAGAGAGAGAGAGAAAGGGCCGACGGGGCCGGAGCGAGGCACAGUAAUGCAGGCGCACACCGCCACCACCACCCCCGCACGCGGGUCUCUGUUUGUUGAGUUUUGUUUGUUUGCUCCCCCCCGACAUGUUUUUUUUUUCUUUGUUGUCUUUUUCCAGCAGUUUUUGACUGGAUUUUGUACCUGUUGCUGUUGAGAUAGCCAAUAAAACCUUUUUGCAUCUCCAUGGA